AUGGCAGACGAAGAGCUGAACCUCUACGACGAGGUGGAAAUCGAAGACUGCUUCUACGACAAGACGCUGCAGAUCUACCACCACCCGUGUCCGUGUGGCGACCGCUUCGAGAUCUCCCUUGCCGACAUGCGAGACGGCGAGGACAUUGCGCGCUGCCCCAGCUGCAGCCUGAUGAUUCGUAUAAUCUUCGACGAGUCCGACCUUCCUGCUGAAAAGACGGAUGCGCCUCAGAGCGCUGCUAUUGCCGCGUAA